AGUAUACAUUCAAAAAAUAAAAUUAAAGUAGGGUUAUUUCGUUGUGAGGGUGAGACGUGGAAGGUGAGAUGGAGGUGACAUGCCAUUAAGGUGGAUUUAUUGUUUACAAGAGCGUUUCACAUUCGGCCUUGAAAAUCAGACGCCACCCAAAAAAGCCAUUUCAUAUGCUUUAACCCGCGCCUGUUCCCCUAUGCGACCGGAGAAGUUCAAGAAACCGGCCCGUCAAGCAUUGGAUCCGGUGAGCAGCUUCCGAAACCCAUCGGUUGACCCUCAGAAUUAGCCAACCUAUUGUGCACCAGUACGAAGAAGAAAAACUCAAGAUUCAAUUUUGGACGCAUUUUGACAAGUUUGCGCCCGUUCACCAGUCAUGGUGCAUCUAUCGAGCAACUCCGCCUAACCCAUCAGGUUUUGGAAGUGAGAAAUGGAUUCUACGAGAACUCAUGCUGCAGCUUUGGAUUUUG